AGCCGUGUUGUUAGUGUCGUUGUCCUGCAUAAAUACCCACCUAAGUGGCAUAUUGUCUUCACCGUUCUAUAGCAUAAUUUCUUGUAGUAUUGCCACACAAUCGGUUGCCUUCAUAGUUCCCUGUAUCCUAUGCAGUGAGGCCAGACAAUUGUAUGAAAACGAUCCCCAAACCAUAAUGUUUCUGCCAACAUGUAAAUGGUCUUUAUCGUAUACUUAUUGUUAUAGGCAGCAUUAUUCGGUAUUUUUACAUAAUGAAUAUCUCAAUCAGAAUUAAAUAAGUUGACUUUUUUUCGUCAAACCCGAGAAUAUUACGUCAUUUUUCUUUAGGCCAAAGAACAUAUCCUUCGGCAAACUUAAGCUUUUGUUGCACGUUCGUUUCUAACAACAUAGGGCCUUUUCUCGUGAUUCGGGUCUUCAGAUUUUCCUUAUAAGUACCUUGCGGUUAGUUGAAUUAUAAGUUUUGACGAAAUUAAUGGAGUUUUUUAACAUAGCAAACUAUAAUUGCUUGACAAACAACUCUGUUUUUGACUUCCUGGCGCGUGUUUCAAUCUGGGAAACCCAUUUUACUGUUUGUUCAACCAGUGUUUUGGAAGCAUUAAGUAAAUACGCUACUUUUCUGUAGGAAUUUCCUUGUUUCACUAAAUAUUUAAUAUGUUCUCGAGUUUUCGGAUCGCAGUGCCUAUCCUUUCCCAUAUCGAUACAAUAAAAAGAAAAAUCAGGUUUAAAUUUAUUGAUAUUAAAACCAAAAGUAUUAUUCUUGGCUUCUUGGCUUAUCUCUGCAAAAAAAACUAUUUUCGUUACUGAUUUUAAAUAGCACGAUGUGUCAUUAUUAAAUCGCACAACUGUUUGCGGACUUUGUUAAGAACAAAAUGGCUUUUUACGAAAUAUGCGCAAAUACUAUGCAUUUGUCUAACGGAAUCUGUUUUUAUAAAUAAGGAUUGAUAAAAAAAUGCCGUUAACUGGCGGAAAUUUUCAUGACUUACUACAAUUUUAUUCUUGUUUUGUGUUUAUGCAUCCCUGUCCUUAUUAUUUUUCACAUAACUGUAUAUACCUAUAUAUAUAUAUAUGUAUGUAUAUGUAUAUAUACCUAUAUUAUCCUAUAACGAACUCAUUAAAAAAAUUAGAACUUUUAACUAAUUAAUCAAUCGAUACGAUUAAUAUAAUAAUUAUUUUUUUCACCUUGUGCCGAAAUGAUCCAUAACGACACUCAAAAAAGCUGACUAAAUCUCAUGUUAAGAAACUACAAAUUAAACUUACAAAAAAUUUGAGUAAAUGAUAACAAUUGGAACAUAUGUAUAUAUAAUAAUUUUAUAGAAACAAUAAUUUAUUUGCCUUAAAGCUGAUGGAAACAGAACAUCAGCUAGCAUAAACGUAUUUUGUGUUGCGUGCGGCUACUAAUUGCAGCAUUUUGAAAAACGUAAGCAACCUCCUUGAGUUUAUUUUCUUUAGAAGUUCUUUCAUUCAUUGUUCAAAUGUGUGCACGAAUUAAAAUUGAAAUUAUUAAUUUAUACAUUAAUAUAUAUUGAAAAAAAUCACAACAAAAAAAUCUAAAAACCAGAUAAAGUAAAUGUUAAUAGAAAAACACAUUUGGACAAUGGUAUUCAGUACUCAGUAUCCGAGGUACAGUAGCCAGUAGUCAGAUACCGCACUCACGCUAAUAUAAAUAUAUAAUAGAGGUUUUAAUAUGUAUGGUAUAUGUGUGUACAUAUAAACUUGUUAUAUAAAAAGUAUAUAUUAAGUUAUAGCUUUCACUGUGUAUAUUUUAUAUCGCUUCGUAUAUGAAAAUAUAAAUCAAACUAAUCGCAUGACUUUUUUUUUGUUAAUUUCUCUUCAUUUUUCUUCUUUUGGAAACGCCCCACAAAACAACCAAAUAUACAUACAUAUAUCGAAAAAAAUGGCUACCACGCAUACAUUCGAAUAAUGUUUACUGUUGGAACGAUGAAACUGUAUUAUGUGUUGCGAAUUAUUCAAUCCACAUUCUCAAUAAUUUUGCUUUUAUAACAAACUCACCGAAAUAUAUAAUUUUAACGUUAAAAACUAUUAUUAACAAAAUGUUUGAUCGUUGUAUUCAAUUGUUAUUUGCUCCUCGCCUCGAAUAUGGGAUAUUUAUCAACAAACUAAACUCAAAAACUACGAUGCGGACUGUAAUUCACAUUAUCGAACUCAAUCAAUCGUUGCCUGCUUCGUCAAUCCAAUAGCCACUGUAGCAGCCGCUGCCGCCAUGCGAGGCGUAGCAAUCCAUCGCGGUCAUAUGGGAGUUGUAGGUGGGCCAUUCAACCCCGCUUUGGCCGCUGUUGCUGUAGCCGCACAGCAGCAACAACAUCACCACCACCAUCAUCAGCCACACCAUCAUCCACAUCAUGCGCAACAAACCGCACACCACCAAUUAGGAUUGCAACAGGCAUUGCAAGUGCAAUCAGCAGGCGGGACCAACCAAGCUCACGCAGUUGCUGCGAUUCAGACCAGCGCUGCUCAACAACAACUGCAUUCAAUAGCUCAUUCAGCGGCCGCUGCAGCCAACACGCCCCAGGUAGCCAACGCCGCUGCUGCUGCUUAUGCUGCACGUUUGGGUGCUACAGGUGCAGCCACUCAAUCACCAUCCGCUGCAGCUGCUGCAUCCAUAGCCGCCGCGGCAAAUGCAGCAGCUGCAGUCAAUGCGGCUGGUACCGCUUUACACGGAUUCACACCCGUCUACUACGAUCCCUUCCUAGCAGCUGCUGCAGCUUCCGCUGAUCCGAAUCUGCGAUUCCAGGCAGCCAAACCGGUCGCAGAAGUUCCAGCCGCACAGCCAGCAGCCAUAUUAAAUCGCCGCACUGUGACAACGCUAAACAGUUCCCCACAUACGAUCAACCGCAUUCCGGUACCACAAAACGUUUUGGCUACAGCUCCGCUUCUAAAGACUCCACUGUCACAAGCACAGCAGGCGUACGCAACAGCCGCCACCACAUACACAGCGGUGGCCGCUAGGGCGGCAUAUGGCGCUGCAGCCGCCGCUGCACAGCCGGCUUUAGCCGGUUACGCUACUGUUGCUGGAUAUGCAACAAGAGAGUAUGCGGACCCCUAUUUAGGACAUGGAAUCGGACCAGUGCCCGGCUAUGGUGCAACUAUGUAUCGUGGUGGAUUCAAUCGAUUUGCACCUUAUUAGUGAGAGAAAUGGACAAUGCAAUGUACCAAUGGCUGCUGACUGCAAGUCAACUCAGCUAUACUCAACUUUUGCAAAUCCGGUCACACAAUUUUGCACAUCAUGUGGAACCAAAUUAAAGAUUAUUAUAUAAGAAAAGAGAUUUUAUGUUACAUUAAGAAGAAUAUGAAAUCGUCGAAAUGCUCAAGAAAUAUUACAAUUUUUAAUUAGCAACCAAAAAUACUCAUGCAAAGCGUAAAAACAAUGAGAUUAAAUCAAAUAUUCAGUGUAUAACAAAGCAAAUAUAAUAGGAAAAAGAGUUGAAGAUUAGCACAUAUACAUGCAUAUAAGAUAAAGGUAUUGAGCCAAAAAAAUACCAACAAUUUAAAAAUUUAAUAAAAGAAAAGCGUAGUUGUUAAAUUGAAUGUCGUCCAACCAAUAUUUAAAAAUACGAUAAAUACGUACAUACAUACAUACAAAUACUAGUAAGUGAGAAAACAUAAGCCAAAACAUGAAUUCAAAUUAAUGUCCAAAAGCAAACAAAAACAUAAUAUCUGGUAUUGUUGAAAUUGUUUAGCCGAUUAUCAUUUAUUUGAUUAGUUGGUGAAUUAUGGACACCAUAGAAAAUAUUCAUAAAAAUCAAAGUCAUAAAAAUCAAAGUCAUUCUUUCUUUAAUUUGUGCAUAAAAGCAUGCGUUGCUUUAGUGUAUUCAAAUUAUAAUGAGAAAUGUUUGCUAUUAUGCAGCACAGAUAUUCAUUAGUUUAUACAUAUAGUACACAUGCGAUAAAUAUCAAAUGUAAAUUUAUAAAAUUUGAAGUUAUUCAAAUUUACUUUUACUACACCAUCUAAAUUCAUAAAAGCAACAUUUUAAAACUAAUUGUAAUAUAUUUAAAGACCAUGAUGAUUUUUUUUUUAACCCGAUUGUACUUCAUAUAAAUCGAAGUAUGACACAUUGUCAUUUAAACUAUUUUCCUUCAACGCUUACUCAUUCACAUUGGCAGCUUAUUUCCCAGUAAUUGCUUUAUUCAAAUAUCUAUUUGAAUUGGUCAAGAAGCAAAUUUAUUGGUAUAAAAUAAUCGACACUUGAACAUAUCCUAAUUAGAAAAUAGAUAAUUUGAAUAUUAUAAUAAUGAAAACUUUCUCUCUUAAAUAUACAUAUAUUCAAAGUCUUGAAUAUUAUUGCAAAAAAGUGUUGUAUUUACUUGUGAUAAAAAUACAAAGGAGUGAAUAUCCGAAAAUCACUUCCAUUAUAAUUUAAUUUUCCAAACAACUGUACUCCGAUAUGCAAUCAAAUACCUUCCUGAAACAAUUUAAAAAUCGCCCAUGAUGGAGUUGUUAAAAAGUAUUUGGUCAAGAAAUAACAACUUAAGUAAAAAUUUAUAUAAUGUUAUUUAAAUGUUCACGAAUGCAGCUAUGAUAUCACAAAUUUUGAGAGAUCAAUUAUAUUUUUUGUUUUUGAAUUUACAAAAUAGGGUUCUAAAAAAAUCGAACCAAAUUAUUGUAUGCAUUGUAUGCAUUUUAAUAAGUGUGUUUGUGCUUUGCUUUCGCACCAUUUAAAUAAAUAUCCGAACUCUUCCGAUACAUCGCUGAAGGACACUCAAAGUGAAUCAAAUUUGCUCAAAUUAUUUUCAUACAAAAUAUAUAAAUAACAUAUAGUAUACUCUAUUGUAUCCCUUAGAUUUGACUUGGGAUAUUUACAUGUCAAAGUAGCGUUUAUGUAAGUAUACAUAUAAUCUGUUGUAUAAAAUUUUUUUUUGUGUUUGCUUUUUGACAUUGUGCAGUCGUCAUAUCAGGCUGUAAAUGUAAAGUUUUUGGCACACAAAAUGAUUUUAAAAGGUCAAAUUGAAACGAAAAAACAAACAGAUUAAAUGCACAAGUAGGAUCAAAAUAUAUGCAUACAAAACUUCUCUGCAAUUUAUUUUAAUUAUAAAGUGAAAGAAUACAUGCAUCAAUAUAUUAUAUGAGUAACAAAUUUGUACAAGUAUAUUUUAAGAGUUGAACAAUUUAAAUGACCAAAAAUAAAAUUUAGAAGUAUCUAAAAGUAUUUAUGAAUCACGCAAAAAUUCGCGCAAAUUACUAGUAUUAAGUGAUUUUUAUGGAUUAUUAUGAAUGGCGAUACACAUGUAACACUAUUUACACACACAUGUCAUCUGAACAAAUAUCUAGAUAAACCAGCUCGCAACAACGUUUAUUAAGUAACGCCAAGUUAAAAAAACUAAGAUCCAUAAACGUAAAAAUAUCAUUGAAAUUAUUUUUACUACGAAUAUUUUAUUUUAUUUUUAUAAAUUAUUUUACUUGAAGCCAAAGUCUAAUAUUUUAGUUAAACCUUCUAUAUGAUUAGUUUGUAGUGUGAUUACUUUAGUAUUUAUUUUUAAAUGUUUUAAAAUUGAAUAAUGAAUUUUCAAAUGCACAUUAUCAGCGAAUGCAAUGCAUUCAAAAAAUUCUCAAUUCAAUUCACAAAUUUGUUCUAUAUUUAAAUAGUAAUUGAAAUAUAAUAUAUAUACAAUCGCAAGAAUUAUGUUGCAUAAUGUUACAUAUACAUACAUAUGUCUGUAUAUGAAUGCAUUAAAAGUUAAAUCAAAUCCAUUUAUUGCCAAAUAAAUAGCUUUUAAUUGAAAACACUAAGUAAACAAAGAUGAAAAAAUGAGAAUCUGAGAAGUCCCAAUAGCAAUCAAUUUAAAAAUUAUACGUAAAAAAUGAAAUCUUUGCAAUUUUUUUACACCUGCACAUUGGUAAUUUUAUCAAUAGGCGUUCGAAACGUUUGCUCUGCACAGUAACCUGAAAGCUUAAAUUUUAAUGUUUUGUCAUUUGGACCUUUAAUUGUUAUAUAUAAUUUUUUUUUAAACUGUUAUACGGGGCUAGAAAUAUUUAUCAAUGAGCAUUCUCGUCAUUAUUUGUAAGAUUUUUCACCAUCACAAUCGAUUCAAUCUUUAUGCAAUUAUUCUUUUCAAGAAUUAUUAGUAACAAACAAAUUGAAUAAUAUUUCAGAAUUCUGUUGAAAAGUUGCACAUCACCGUUUUAAAACAAAAUUAAACAAAUUGAAACCUCUAACUAGCUCUAAGACAAAUUUUAAGUAUCUAAGCAAGUAUUGAUUGCAAUACAUACAUACUGUUUUAAAAUACAAAUACACAAAUUCAAGCUAUGAUUGAAACAUCAUGAAAAUAAAAAAAGCUCAAAAUUAUUAUAAGAAGAUCGUAUGAAAAUAAAAGUAAAUAUAAUACUCACGUAGGCAUACCAUUAGAAGGUAAUCCAAAAAAUGUUGAUUUUCAAGUGAUUUUAAUUGAUAAUAAUUAAAUUGAAUCACGAAGGUAAAUAUUUUGUAGUAAAAAGUGCAAAAUCAUGCUAUAAAAUUAUUCAAGAGAACAUCGUCUAAAACAAUACGAUGAACGAGUAUAUAAAUUAAUGUAUAGAAUUGUGGAAAUUACUUAAAUGUUAGAUCAAAAAACAAAUGUGCUGAAUUAAGAAUGUUUGUUCAACAUUUUAUUAAAAUAGUAGAUUACGAUUGCAAGCAUAUUAAAAAUAUGGAAAAUGAAUAAUAAUAAAUUUAGAGCGUAAAAUGUGCCAAAUUGUAUAAAAUGUUAUAAUAUAUUGUACUUCUUCAUAUCUAUUGUGUCCCUAUAGCUGUAUUAAUCGGCUGAAAAACAUUGAAAGAGCAAUUUUACCUUUGCAAUUACUCCACUAUUGUCAGAAUGUAUUCGAAAGUAAAUUUAAUUUCUUUUAUUAAGUUCUUAUAAUUUUCAUAUCUACUCUUAUUAAACUUAUUUCAAGCAUAUGAAAAACGCAUAUUAUAUUAUUUGAAUUAAACUCCUUAUAAAAUAACACAUUCUUGAUUUAAAGUACUAAAGACUCUUCUGUAAGCAAUCAAGUGCUCAUAAGGAUGAGACUCGGACAUCACAAAAUUAAUUUGCAACCAAAUGAAAAACUCCUGAAAACCAUUUUAUAUAAUGUUUGCAUAUAAUGGCACAAUAAUUAAUUUUGUUCCCACUUGAUAUUGGUCCUAUAUCAUCCAUCAUUUUUCAAUUUGUAAGGUUGUGAACUGUGAAAUUUUUCAAAGCAAAGACACAAAUAAAUAAAUAAAUGAAGUGAAAAACUAAAGCAUAUCUCUAAAUAAAAAGGAAAAUUAAUCGAGAGUAA